AUGUCAGAUGAGAAUUCCCUGAUUUUCAUUGGAAAAUCUGACGCUUCUGUUAGCCGUGUGCCAGCUUCAAGUCGUUUGAUGGAAAAAAUUGAGUGCAAGAAUUGGUUGCAUAGAGCAUUUGGUCAGUUUUUGUUCAACUCAAAGUAUGAGCUACUGCUUCAGCAACGCUCUGCCACAAAGGCGACGUUCUCCCUUGUAUGGACGAACACCUGCUGGAGCCACCCAUUGUACCAGGAGUCUGAGCUUCUUGGUGAGAAUGCCCCUGGGGCGAGGAAUGCUGCACAAAGGAAGCUCCUGGACGAGGUGGGCAUUCCUGCUGAAGACGGGCCUGUUGAUGAAUUCAUUCCUCUGGGUCGAAUGCUGUGUAAGCCACCUUCUGAUGAGAAGUGGGAGGGCGCGAACUUUCUUAUUCAUGGUCAUGGAUGGCAUGCCAAGAGUCCUGAUGUUUAUGUAAUGUUGGAGUUGAUUACGCGCUGUUCAUCAUUCGAGACGUGGAGGUUAAUCCAAGCCCCUGAUGAGGCUGCGGAUGUCGAGGACGUGAACCGGGAGCAGCUGAAGGAGCUGCUGAGGAAAGCCGACGCGGGCGAGGAGGGUCUGAAGCUGUCGUCCUGGUUCAGAUUAGUGGUGGACAUUUUGUUGUUCAUGUUGAGAAGAGGGGACGCUGAAGUAAAGCGGCUGAUAUGA